UCCUUUGCCUGCACGGUCCAAAGUCCUUGUUAUAAUUUGCCAGCGGAAGGCUUGAGUUUGACAAAAAAAGAAAGGAAAAAGAAAAAAGAGGCUGCAGCAAUGACCUGGUUUCCGUUGCUGUGAAGGAAGAGCAAAUUGAAUACAAAACAAAAAUCAGUUCUAUGGCCUUCACCUCCAAGUGAUAACUCUCUAAAUUCCUUUAAAACCCUAACAGCGAUAAAGAAAAUUCCAUGGCUAAGCCCGAUUCUACUUCUCGAACAGUAAUUGAACCUCAUUCUAACAUAGACCUCUCCACUUACUCCCCAGCCUGUUCAAUUCGAUCUCUAUCCAUCUCUUCCAUUUCAAAUUCUCAAACGCUAAUCUACAUCGCCACUUCCUCUGGAUCCUUGAUUUUGCUCUCCAGUAACAACGAUCUCAGCGAUUCUUCUUCUACUUCUUCCGUUUCCUUUAUUCGAAGUGUUUCUGUUGUUGAUUCUUCUCCAAUUGAAUCAGUUCUUGUGCUCUCUGAUGUUGGGAAGCUUCUUUUACUCUCUGAUGGUUCCUUGUUUUUAGCGGAUUCUCUUUUGUUUCAGCCUGUUAAAAAAAUGACAUUUUUCAAGGGUGUUUCUGCUGUUUGUAAGAGAAUUCGAAGCAGUGAGUUUGAUGGUACUGAGUUAUUGGCUACCAAUUUGGAAUCUUCAAGUACAAGUCAGCGGAUUUUGCAUAAAUUGGGAAGUGGGAUUAGAGCUAAUGGAGUUAAAACAAAACAAACUUUACAACAAAAUGGAAGUAACAAUAUAUUUGCUGUUGUAAUCGGUAAAAGGUUGAUAUUAGUACAGCUUGUUUUUGGGAACAGUAACAAUACUAAUAGACUUGCCAAGAAUGAGAAAGACAUUGAUAGUUUAAAUGGGUCUUUUGCAGUUUUGAAAGAGAUACAGUGUAUUGAUGGGGUUAAGACCAUUGUGUGGCUUAAUGACUCGAUAAUCGUGGGUGCUGUUAAUGGGUAUAGUUUGUUUUCUUGUAUUACUGGCCAAAGUGGUGUAAUAUUUACAUUACCGGAUUUGUGCAGCCCGCCACAGCUUAAAUUGUUGUGGAAAGAGAAGAAGGUGCUAAUGUUAGUAGACAAUGUUGGAAUUGUUGUUAAUGAGCAUGGACAACCUGUUGGAGGGAGUUUAAUUUUUCGUCAUAGCCCUGAUUCUGUAGGGGAAUUGUCAUCGUGUGUGGUGGUUGUCAGAGAUGGGAAGAUGGAGUUAUAUAAUAAGAGAUCAGGCAGUUGUAUUCAGACUCUUAUUUUUGGUGCCGAAGGAGUUGGACCAUGCGUUGUUGCCAAUGAGGAAUGUGGGGAUGGAAAACUUAUUAUUGCUGCGACAACCACCAAGGUUUUCUGCUACUCAAAAGUGUCUUGUGAAGAACAAAUCAAAGAUCUAUUGAGAAAGAAAAACUUCAAGGAAGCCAUCUCCUUGUUGGAGGAGCUCGAGUCUGAAGGUGAAAUGUCAAAUGAAAUGCUAUCUUUUGUUCAUGCUCAAGUGGGUUUCCUCUUGCUUUUCGACUUGCAAUUUGAGGAAGCAGUGAAUCACUUUUUGCAGUCAGAGACUAUGCAGCCUUCUGAAGUAUUUCCAUUUAUAAUGCAAGAUCCAAACCGGUGGUCACUGCUGGUUCCUAGGAACCGUUACUGGGGUUUGCAUCCUCCUCCUGCCCCUCUUGAAGAUGUUGUAGAUGAUGGAUUGAUGGCUAUCCAAAGAGCUAUUUUUCUCAGGAAAGCAGGUGUAGAUACUUCAGUAGAUAAUGCUUUUAUAUUGAAUCCACCGACUAGAUCUGAUUUACUGGAGUCAGCAAUCAAACACAUCAUCAGGUAUUUGGAAGUUUCACGUGAGAAAGAGUUGGCUUUGUCUGUACGAGAGGGAGUUGACACACUUUUAAUGUACCUUUAUAGAGCCUUAGACCGAGUAUAUGAUAUGGAGAGGCUUGCAUCUUCUGAAAACAGCUGUAUUGUGGAGGAGUUAGAAACUUUAUUAGAUGACUCUGGACAUCUACGUACGCUUGCCUUCUUAUAUGCGAGUAAAGGGAUGAGUUCAAAGGCUCUUGCCAUGUGGCGCAUUUUGGCAAGAAACUAUUCUUCUGGUCUAUGGGAAGAUACUGUGGUGGAGUCUGACUUACAAGAGGGCAAUACAAAUAUUCUGUCUGGUAAAGAGAUUACUGCAAUUGAGGCAUCAAAAAUUCUAGAGGAGUUGUCCGAUCAGGAUUUGGUUUUGCAGCACCUUGGAUGGAUUGCAGAUAUUAAUCCAGUGCUUGCAGUUGAAGUUUUGACUUCAAAGAAAAGAGUAAAUCACCUUUCACCAGAUGAAGUGAUUGCUGCUAUUGAUCCAAAAAAGGUUGAAAUUUUACAAAGGUAUCUCCAAUGGUUGAUUGAAGAUCAAGAAUCUACUGAUAUCCAGUUCCACACACUAUAUGCUCUCUCACUUGCAAAGUCGGCAAUUGAAUCCUUCACGUUGGAAAGUGCUUCUGAGAACCCUGAUGAUGAAAGGGUGGAUGUGGCAAAAUUUUCUGAUUUUGGUAGAAAUUCAAUUUUUCAAAGCCCUGUACGAGAAAGGUUACAGAUAUUCUUACUAUCAUCAGACUUGUAUGAUCCAGAAGAGGUCCUUGACUUGAUUGAAGGAUCAGAACUAUGGCUUGAAAAGGCCAUUCUAUACAGAAAAUUAGGACAAGAGACAUUGGUGCUCCAAAUUCUGGCCCUGAAGCUGGAGGACUGUGAUGCUGCUGAACAAUAUUGUGCAGAGAUUGGCAGACCUGAUGCAUAUAUGCAGUUACUUGAUAUGUAUUUGGAUCCACAAAAUGGUAAAAAGCCUAUGUUUAAGGCUGCUGUCCGUCUUCUGCAUAACCAUGGAGAAUCACUGGAUCCUUUGCAAGUUUUAGAGACAUUGUCUCCAGAAAUGCCUCUUCAACUUGCGUCAGAUACAAUACUGCGAAUGUUGAGGGCUCGGCUGCAUCAUCAUUGUCAAGGACAAAUUGUGCAUAAUCUAUCUCGUGCUAUAAAUGUUGAUGCAAGACUUGCAAGAAUGGAGGAAAGAUCACGACAUGUGCAGAUUAAUGAUGAGAGCCUUUGUGAUUCCUGUCAUGCACGCCUUGGAACUAAACUUUUUGCUAUGUACCCAGAUGAUACUGUUGUCUGUUACAAGUGUUACCGGCGUCAAGGUGAGUCCACUUCUGUCAAAGGCCGGAACUUUAAGCAAGAUGUCCUAUUCAAACCAGGCUGGCUUGUGACACGCUGAGCUAGACUCUAGUUAUCGGAAUCAAGAGAUCGGCAUCUGGGAAGCCUGAUGGUUCUAACUACCGACUUUCUUAUGUUCAUGGUAAUCAAAGUUUCUUUCUCGGCCAAAAUGAGGUCGUUCAUAGUGAUCAUCGCUCGUGUAUAUAUGAAUAAUUAUGGUCAGAGGAGCUGGACUGUGUCUAUUUUUGGUACUUUUUAGUUUAUCUUAUAUAAUGGGUGUUGGACGCUCAUUUGUAGUUUAGUAGAGGGAUCGAAAAAGUUGCUCAAGUGAUUCUAGAAUACAGAAUUAUAUGAAUGCCAAGCAACGAAUAUACUUCUGGGCAACAAUGUUUUGACUUGAAUUAAAUAGUUUUCAUAGUUAUUGAUUUAAGAACUAA